AUAUUUGAAAAUUAUGGAGGUGCAGGCCAGAGUACUUCGAAUCAUCAACAAGAAAUCCAAGAAAGAACAGCGAAGGAAAAACAUGACAAGAAAAGUGUUUUCUCGACUCGAGAUGUUAGAAGGUGCUAAAUCAAUAGGUGCCGGAGCUGCUACAAUUGCAUUAGCCGGAGCUGCUGUCGGUAUUGGAAACGUCCUCAGUUCUUCGAUUCAUUCCGUGGCGCGAAAUCCAUCAUUGGCUAAACAAUCAUUUGGUUAUGCCAUUUUGGGCUUUACUCUCACCGAAGCUAUUGCAUUGUUUGCUCCAAUGAUGGCCUUUCUAAUCUCAUUCGUUUUCCGAUCACAUAAAAAGUCAUGA